AUGCUUCGUCGUCGGCUUUCGGCAUCGAGUGAAUGGCAAAUCCUAGAUUUUCAAGGAUGGCAGCAGCUGGAGAUUUUCCAGCUUCCUUGUCGGCAAAAUUUCAGUGGCUGUGGACGGUGCGAGCCCUUGGGCUUGGAAGUUGAAGACCCCUUGUCCCGGUGGUAUGCGACGUCAACGUUGGAGUCUGAAUCGGCAAGGAGCAGCUCCACGGUUUGUGGUUGGGGGAGGCGUGGCUGUUGGGGUUGGGUUUGGUGGUACAGGUGGAUCAGAAGGAGGAGGGUUUUCUGCGACGUUGAGUAUGCACUCGUAAAUGUCUCCAAAAUUGGGUAUAAACUCGUAAAUGACCCUAUAGCAGAGCAGAAACCACAUCAGCAAUCCAAUCUUCUCAACUCUCAAAUCAAACUCAGCGUUCGUCUCAUUCCCUUCUACCUAUCCCGACCAAGACCCAGCCCAGACUGUCGCUGUGCAAGGCGAAUACUUGAUCGAAAGUCAAUACUUUGCCACAGUUCCCGUUACUGUUUGAGCAGCUUUCCGGCCGUUUACGGCCACCGUUUGUUGGGUUUUGUUCCUCUCCUUGCAAGGAGCAUUUUUCGUGCUGACGCCGUCUCCAUUGUACGACCGUGGAAGCCGGAUCGACACCGUGAAGAUCGGCCCUCGAGCCGCGACUUUCCGACGGCUUUUCCGGUCGCUUCCGGAAAUUUUUUAGAUAUGGAACCUGAACCUAUUGUUCCAACUAUUACGGGACAUGCCGACUCAUCCAGACUUGUUGAGUUGGUUAGGGAACUGAGAGAACUGGGUGCAAAACCUUUUUAUGGAACUAGGGGCUGCAUGAAAGCUGAUGAGUGGUUUGUUAAUAUAGAGAACUUGUUCGAAAUGAUGGAGUGCUCUGAGGUUGAAAAGAAAGAGUUGGCUGUUUUUCUCUUGCAAUGUAAAGCUCGAUAUUGGUGGGCUGAAGUUAAGAGAGCUCAAGACGUAUCAGUGAUGGACUGGGAAGGGUUCAAGACGGUUUUCUAUGCCAAGUAUUUUCCUCUGAAAGAUAGGCUGGAGGCUUCUUUCUUGAGUCUUGAGCAGGGCUCUAUGUCUGUGGGUGACUAUGAGGCUAAAUUUUCGAAUUUGCUUCGUUUCGCACAACCAAUGACUGAGGUGCAGAAAGCACGAAAGUUUGAGUUGGGAUUGGUUGAUGACAUUAGAGAAUCAGUGGUUAACUUGAGACUCCAAACCUUAACUGAAGUGGUAGACUGUGCCAUCGCAGUUGAGAAGACUAUUGAGCUGUACAUACAACACCAAAACAGACAAAGAGAUUACAGAGGAAAAGGGAAGGCGUCAGCUCAAUGUAUGUGUGCCUCAGGUGAACAUGGUGGAACUGGAAAGAGGCAGAGAACGGGGAAUCAAAAAGAAGGCCGAGCAGCUGUACAUGCUCAACAGAGAAGAACAAGUGAGUGUUACAACUGUAGUGAGGUCGGACAUUUGUAUAGGGCUUGUCCAAAACCGAAGGCCCAGUGUUGUUUCAAAUGCAAGCAGCCGGGCCAUUUGGCUAAAGAUUGCACUCAGGGGUAG